CCCAACACUAUAUGCAGUCUUUUGGUGCACACACACACACACAAACACAUCAUAUCUUAAUCUCAUCUUUCUUGCACUAAAUAUGCUCUGCUGGGAAUUGUGCUUAGUUCUGCUGCUUACUGGUUUCUCAGUGUGGGCUCUGCCUUCAACUAACAUCAAGAUCACCCAAGCACUGCCCCUACAACUAUCAGACUCAAACCAGCCUGUAACAUGUCCAUUAUUCUGGACUGAGUUUGAAGGCUACUGUUACCGUUUUUUCCCACUGAACCGGACCUGGGCUGAAGCUGACCUAUAUUGUGCAGAGUUCUCCAAUGGACACAAAUCAGCCAAGCUCACCUCCAUCCACAGCUGGGAAGAAAACGUGUUUGUCUAUGAUCUCGUGAAUAGCCGUGUACCAGGAAUACCAACAGAUAUUUGGAUUGGACUUCACGAUAGAAGACAGGAGGGCACUAUGGAGUGGACAGAUGGGUCACCUUAUGAAUACAGUUACUGGGAUGGAAACCAGCCAGAUGAUGGCAUUCAUCGCAUCCCUGUGGAGGAGGACUGUGUGGAGAUCUGGUACAGACAAAACAGUGCUCUAAGGUCGUGGAAUGACAACAGUUGUGAUAAGGCUUUUCCAUUCGUCUGUAAGAUCCCUACACUGGAAAAUUAAUCUUUCACCAGAUCUGAGAUUGUAUAUUCAGUUCUUUAUAGUAAACACUGACACCAAAACAUUUCAAAAUCACAGUACAGCAUUUGUCCUCUCAUCUUCAUCCUUGCAAUGAUGAUGAUGGUCUCUCUCCAGCUGCACUCUGCACUUCACUUCGUUUUCCUGCCCCCAACGCUGUUGCCAUAGUGCUGUUCCUCUGGGGCUUAGGGGUUUAGACCAGUGAGUCACGACACAUAGACAUUCCUCCAUUCUUAUCUUUUAAAAAUGAAAUGACACAUUUCUUUCUGUAGAGGGAUUGUUGAUUACACAUUUAUUUUUGAUAUUGAUGUUAGGGCUAUUUUUAUGGAUUGUGUACCAGUCAGCCCUUGAGUAAGAUGCACCAACAGAUUUCUAAAAACUUUGUAAAGAGCACUGAGAUUUUGGAUGUUUUUAAAAAGAACUGAGUGCAUAUGAAACCCCACCCUUCAACAGAUGCUUGUUCAUGCUAUGAGGACAUCUUUUGGAUCACUGGAUUUCAUGAAAUGUUAACAACCUUCUUAUUAUGAAAUGGCUUGUUUACAUGCGGUUCACCCAAAAAUGAAAAUUGCAUCAUUUAUUCACUCUCUGUUGAACACAAAAUACGAUAUUGUCAUAAACGAUAGUAACCACACAGUUGACUGUACCCACUGACUUCUACAGAAGGAAAAGAAAUACUAUGGAAGUCAAUGGGUACCGUCAACUAUGUGCUGCUCAAAAUAUCAUUAUCAAAGUAGUGCUGGGCAAAGAUUAAUCGUGAUUAAUCGCAUACAAAAUAAAAGUGAUUUUUUUUUGUAAUUAUUAUCAUGAAUCACAUUCAUGUAUGAAUUUAAGAAACAUUUACAUGUGUAUAUAUAUUUAUCUAUAUUUUUAUAUAUUCUUGUUAGGAAGUUGUAUGAGGAACCCAAAUGCAGACAGAUGUAUGAACACAAAAGACUUUUAUUAUGUACAAAACAGAAAACAAAACCCACGAGGGGGCAAAACAAUAUAAACAGGAAGACUUAACACUAAACUAGACAGGACACUGGACUAAACUCUGACACUAAACUGGAUACACUAAACAAUUAACUAGACAAAACACUUGACAUAUAAACACUAGACUAGACUUGACUCUUAAACAGCGUACUCACAGGUAUCUGGAAAACACAGAAACAAUGCACAAGCACAGGACAAUGAAUACAAGAGGAUUUAAUAAGGUAACAAAUCAAGAGGGGAACAGGUGAUAUAAAUCAAACAAUAAUGAGGAGGCCAACAAGGGAGCGGAAAAAGAGACAAGACACAGGGAACACGUGGUCAAGUAAACCAAUACUGAAACCACGUGAACCCACACAAAACAUGGGUCUGUCAUGAUUCUGCCACAAGACUAGAUUAAAUAAAGGACAAGAUGGCAGAACCAUGACAGAAUCCCCCCCUAAAGGAGCGGCUUCCAGACGCUCCCCAGGGGAACACUAGACAUGGGACAAGACAGACUGACAGAUAGACAGACACCAAGAAAACAUGACACAUAACAUCAAUGGGAGACAAGAAUACAAUACAAGAGGGUUGGGGUGACACAAUAAAAACAACAAACAAGGGAGGGGGGGCGGAGGCAAAACAGAGUUCACAAAAGGAAGUCCAGGUAGGGUGGAGCUGGGUGGGCAAGGGGUCUUGGGUUCAGGGGUAGUAGAGGGCUUGGGACAAGGAGUCCGGGCAGGCUUGGUAGGGAGCUUGGAGGCAACAGGCUUGGAUGGGGAUGCAGGCUGGGAAAGGGGAACAAAAGGAGGCAAGGCAGGGUUCCAGGGCGUGGUAGGGGUAGACAAGGGAGCCGACGGGGGUGAGCCAGGACUCACUGGGUAGGGGAGAGAGUUGGUGGGUACCUGAAGCUCCUCCCGACACAACUUGUCCACCACCUCAUGGAACGGGCGGCGGAUCAGGCCCUCCCGUUCAGGCAAGGGAGGAGGGACGUUGAGACCCGCGAUAAAGUAGGAGUUGAGGAGGGUCUCUGGCAACAAAACCCUCCUCGCUUCCACAUACUGGGCAUACCCCCUCAGGGUCCUCUCUUGCUGGGGAGGAAAUGGGGCCCUGCCCAUCUUCAUGUCGGCGGCAGUCGACUGCCACCAAAGUUCUAGGUCAGCCGACUGCCGCCUGGCGGGACGACAUGGGUUGUCUGCUGGGUUCUGUAUUGGCUUGUGCAGUCGGUUAGGAAGUUGUAUGAGGAACCCAAAUGCAGACAGAUGUAUAAACACAAAAGACUUUUAUUAUGUACAAAACAGAAAACAAAACCCACGAGGGGGCAAAACAAUAUAAACAGGAAGACUUAACACUAAACUAGACAGGACACUGGACUAAACUCUGACACUAAACUGGAUACACUAAACAAUUAACUAGACAAAACACUUGACAUAUAAACACUAGACUAUACUAGACUAGACUAGACUAGACUAGACUAGACUAGACUAGACUAGACUAGACUAGACUAGACUAGACUUGACUCUUAAACAGCGUACUCACAGGUAUCUGGAAAACACAGAAACAAUGCACAAGCACAGGACAAUGAAUACAAGAGGAUUAAAUAGGGUAACAAAUCAAGAGGGGAACAGGUGAUAUAAAUCAAACAAUAAUGAGGAGGCCAACAAGGGAGCGGAAAAAGAGACAAGACACAGGGAACACGUGGUCAAGUAAACCAAUAGAGGGUUUUCACGGCGCGUCAUCAGAGCGGAAGACGCCAUAUUGGAGGCACUCCGCAUUACAACAGAGCAGACACUGAUGUAUAUGCCGAACGUCGUCAAGGAAAAUAGUUAAUUAUUGCGGUGUUUGAGAUGGUACCAACAGUACAUAUUGAGAAAAACAUUUGGAUUAUUAUCGACUUCCAAAAGUUAUUAAAAACAAGGGAAAGGAAUGCAAGAAAUGAUCAGAGGAGCGGCGCUUGUGGUUGGUAAAGCUCAGGAAAAAGAGUAGUAUUGUAUUAGAAAUAUGAUUGAACUACAUAAAGUAUAAAACAAUUAUGCUUCUACUUGUUGUGCUUUAUUUAAAGAGUAUUUAAUAUGUACUUUAGUGUAUGCACAAAAUGUACUUAAACACAAAUAAAAUUUGCGCUGCAAUGCCUUAAUGCCAGUGUGCUUAAUUGCUCAUAACAAAUUUUCUAUUGUAAUGAUAAUAAUAUUUUUAAUAGUAAAUGGUAAAAACAAUUAUUGCUUUUAUUUUUUACUGUGCUUAUUUUACAUUAAAGCACUUUGGUAGGACACUGGCUAUUUUAAAUUUGCUAUAUAAAUAAAGCUGACAUUGACAUAUGGGCUCUGCAUGAAAACUAGGUAGUUCACUACCUUAUAUCGGGAUAUGCAACUGAAGGAAGAAUCGCCGGGUCGUCACGGAUCCUAGAAGAGGGAGCUCGUAGGGAUCUGCACCGCCUAUAAAUUGUAAUUUCUCGAAAUAUCGUGCCUUUUCUUGCGGUCCAAGUCCUUCCCUAUAUGCCUUUGCAUCUUGGAUGCGUUUUCUGUAGUUUAGACAUGUCUACAUUCACUUAAAGUAUCCAAAGCGCAUAAUAUUGCAUUGUACUCCGUUCAGUUCUUUACACUGAGUGCCUCCACAAUGGCCGCGCAUCCGGGUUACCGCCCAGAACGUGACGUCGGUGAAAACCCUCUAUACUGAAACCACGUGAACCCACACAAAACAUGGGUCUGUCAUGAUUCUGCCACAAGACUAGAUUAAAUAAAGGACAAGAUGGCAGAACCAUGACAAUUCUAUAUGAUAUAUAAAUAAAAAAUAUAUAUAUAUUAAUAAAAAUUCCGAAAUGAAUAUAUGUGUGUGUUGUUAAAUAUACAUUAUAAUUACACACAGCACACACUCAUAUAUUAUGCAAAAAAUCACUUUUAUUUUGUAUGCGAUUAAUCACGAUUAAUCUUUGCCCAGCACUACUUUGAUAAUGAUAUUUUGAGCAGCACAUAGUUGACGGUAGCCAUUGACUUCCAUAGUAUUUAUUUUUCCUUCUAUGGACCGUUUCAGCGGUAACAACAUAAACAAGCCGCUGUCGCGGUCCGCACGUAACUUCCGGUAAACUCCGCUAAUAAUAAAUAACAACAAAUUCUUUAAACAUAGUUUAUUUAUAUAAAAAGCAAACAAAACAACACAUAGAUUACCUAGGAAACCAAAACAUUUGUUUUUUUCGACGAGGCAUUUGUUCACGAGAUCAGUUUAGCAACUAGUCAGACCAUUAAAAAAACGAAACCGGAAGUAAGGUUCGGAUCCAGAUGUGUAUCACGUGCGUCCGAUGAAACCAUCUAUAGAAGUCAAUGGGUAGUCAUACAGGUUUAAAACAACAUGUGAGUGAGUGAAUAAAUGAUGAGAGAAUUUUCAUAUUUUUGGGUGAACUAUCUCUAAUGUAUAUCUUUCAGACAGGGAGGUCUAUGUUUGUGUACAUGUAUUGUUUUUUAAGUCUGGAUCUGGCCUGGUUUUCAGAAUGCUGUCCCAGUGCACAUUGAUCUAUUACUGACUUAGAAGGUGAGAUUUUGAAAGAGUAGGGAUUUAGCUUCAGAUGACAGAAAGAGCUUAACCACAGUCUGGCAGAUGACCUUUCAUGCUUUCUCUCUAUCGAUGGAUUAUAUUAGUGAUUGGAAAAUCUCUGUUCCUCCAGAAAGCUCAGUGGCGGAUUUAGCAAAUUGGGGGCCCUAGGCAAAGGUAUUUUUUACUCCAAAAUGAAGAUGGAAAGCAGAGGUCACACAAAGUGCAGCACUACACAAACCAAUAGAGAAUAAGUCAAUGGGGCAAAAACAGCCACGAACAGUAAAUGAGGGAGAAAUAAUUUAAAUCUGAUGCUGCACAAAAACUAGCAAUGCAUCAAAGCCAAUGUUGUUACUAAUCUUUACUAAUCAAACUAACAUUUGAGAGAGGUUGCACUUGCCUCAAUUUGGUGGCACCAGUCACUGGGUGGUGUAAAAACAAAAAAUAAACACUAAAACUAAGUCCAAACAUGUUUAAUGCAUUAAUAAUUCAUUAAAACCUAAGUCCAAACAAGUUUAAUGCAUUAACAAAUUAAUUACAAAUACAAAUAAUUGUAUACUUUAUAUACAUUAAUUAUUUUUUUACUUUACCAUACUUAUUAUUUUUAACAUAUAUUUGCCUGAUUGUAAACCAUUAAACUUACAAUCAACUUUUUAUUACUUUGUUGUAAAAGCUUUAGGCUACUUUAACACAGACUUGAGUAAAGAAAUGACAUUCUUGUGCUGUAAUCACUACAAAAUGUCUCCAUGCACUCUGAAGAUAUCAUUUGGCCAGAACUUGUAAUCUAAGGUACUGAGUGAGCACAAUGUAUUACGUUUUUUCUGACUUCUAUCGUGAAUACGCAGUGUACAGCGCUAUUUUUAGGCUUUCAUUGAUUAAACUAAAGCAGCUGAUCUCCGCCUCUUUUAUUAGUGUCAUUUUGCGAGCGUGUGGAGGUUGUGGGGAGAUUAUUUCAUCAACUGCGCUGAAAUAUCAGAGAAAGCUCUUACAUACACAUAAAAAAAAACACUGUGCAGCAUCGUUAAUUACAACACCGGACUCUGACAUCACAUAAUAUUAGUUCGCGUUAUUUUAAACCCGUCAUUUCUCCCGAAAACGAAAGCAGAGGCUCUCGCCCGCAGUCUCCAUAGACCACCCCUCAAAACAAUCAGGGCAGAAGCGGUCGAAAGUGGACAAAAGAGACGGGUUUAGAGAGGUGAUAUGCACCUGAGCUGAUAGAAAGGCGGGGGAGCGGGCAACAACAGGA